AUGAGCCGGCUAUAUUGUAUGGGAUCAAAUGGCCAAGGGCAACUGGGAUUAUCUCAUAGGGAAGAUAUUAUAGCGUUACAAGAAGUUCCUUUACCUGAGUCACUCAACAAGAUCAAGAAAUUAAAUUGUGGAGGUAAUCAUACAAUAUUAUUGGACUCGAAUGGAUCGAUCUAUGGGACUGGUGAUAAUAAUGAGAGUCAAUUAGGAUUACCUGAAAAGGUAUUAGCACAGUUUAACAAGUUACAAUGUAAUGUUAAAGUGAAAGAUAUUGCAUGCAGCUGGACCUCCACCCUUAUACUUACCGAGGGGAAUGAAUUAUUGAUAAUGGGUAAAGGCUUUAAGGGUGAACUGGGUCUUGGAUCUGGGGUUGUAUCUACUGAAAAUAAAUGGGUUAGUGUGAUGAAAUUCAAACAAGGAAAUACUGUGAAACUAUAUGGUUCCCUACAAAAUUUUGUAGUAGUUGAUAAUUCAUUAUAUGGCUCGAUAAUAUACGGGUGGGGUGCUAAUACCAAAUGCCAACUGCUGAGCCCCAAAUCACGAAAAGUCGAAAAACCUACAGUCUUGUGGGAAAGUUCUAACACAACAAUUCAGGAAGUAGCAAUGGGCAAGGAUUUUUUUGCUUUUAUCGAUGAUCAAAGAAAUCUUGUGAAAUUAACUGGCAAUGUUCCUCAAUCAUUUGAUCUAAAGAACCGAACCAAAAAAGAUAUUCUAGGUAUCCACUGUAUGUGGACAUCGAUACAUCUUCAAACAGCAAACCAAAUACAGUCAUAUGGUAACAAUAGGUAUAAUCAAUUAUUUGAUAAUACAAAAUUUGAUAGAGAUAACGUAAUAAAAUUUGUGGCAGGCAGUGAACACGGUAUUUUAGUGACCAAAAGAGAAGAUUUCUUUGAAGUUUGGUGCUGGGGUUGGGCUGAACAUGGGAAUUGUGGAAUCCUUAAUGGACCAACUGAAGUUCAAACUUCAAUACAUAUUAAUGAUCAAUCAAAUAUCUCCAGUCCUCCUAAUAUGAUAUUUAAAUGCAAGAAGGAACCAUUUGUAUAUGGUGGAUGUGCUACUACAUGGAUUUGGGUUUAA